AUGCCGUGCGAGACGUUGAUUUAUAGGUUGUUGUUCAAUCCCAAAAGUGCUGUGACCUACAGGAAAAGCAUUUACACUGGAAAUAAUGAGCUGGCCAACGUGCACAAUGGGCUGGAGCCCCGAGCGGAGGAGACCCCGCUCGCUGCAUGUGGAGAAGGAGGCAGAGAGGAGGAGUUGUCCUCCCGUCUCACUCAGCAAGAGGGGUUUGUGCUGGACAGGGGAAGAGAGUCAGCACAGCCCGAAGCCAAGGAGAAGAGUUUUUCCCACUGCCAGCUUCCAGGCUCGCCUCUCCACAAGCAGGCUGCCGCCUCUGCCACCAGCAGUGCCGAGAAGCUGGGCCCGAAGGCCGCCGAGGUGGGCGAUGACUUCCUGGGAGACUUCGUGGUGGGCGAGCGUGUCUGGGUGAACGGCGUGAAGCCGGGCGUCAUCCAGUACCUCGGGGAGACGCAGUUUGCGCCAGGCCAGUGGGCAGGGGUGGUGCUGGAUGACCCGGUGGGCAAGAACGACGGCUCCGUGGGCGGCGUGCGCUACUUCGAGUGCCCGCCGCUGCAGGGCAUCUUCACGCGGCCUUCCAAGCUGACCCGGCAGCCCGUGGCCGAGGGCUCGGGGAGCGACGCGCACUCUGUGGACUCCCUCACGGCGCAGAACCUGUCGCUGCACUCGGGGACGGCCACGCCGCCCCUCUCCACUCGCGUCAUCCCCCUGCGCGAGAGCGUCUUGAACAGCGCCAUGAAGACAGGCAACGAGUCCGGGUCCAACCUCUCGGACAGCGGGUCCGUGAAGAAAGGGGAGAAGGAUCUGAGGCUCGGAGACCGCGUACUGGUUGGCGGGACCAAGACGGGCGUCGUGCGCUACGUGGGCGAGACGGACUUUGCCAAAGGAGAGUGGUGCGGCGUGGAACUGGACGAGCCCCUGGGGAAGAACGAUGGGGCAGUUGCUGGUACAAGGUAUUUUCAGUGCCCCCCCAAGUUUGGCCUCUUUGCUCCCAUCCACAAGGUGAUCCGCAUCGGAUUCCCAUCCACCAGCCCUGCCAAGGCGAAGAAGAGCAAGCGAAUGGCCAUGGGAGUGUCUGCCCUAACCCACAGCCCCAGCAGCUCCUCCAUCAGCUCCGUGAGCUCCGUGGCAUCGUCCGUUGGGGGCCGACCCAGCCGCAGUGGGCUGCUCACGGAGACCUCUUCUCGUUAUGCCCGAAAAAUCUCCGGCACCACAGCCCUGCAGGAGGCACUGAAGGAGAAGCAGCAGCACAUCGAGCAGCUGCUGGCAGAGCGUGACCUGGAGCGGGCUGAGGUCGCAAAGGCCACCAGCCACAUCUGCGAGGUGGAAAAAGAGAUUGCCAUCAUGAAGGCCCAGCAUGAGCAGUACGUCACGGAGGCAGAGGGGAACCUCCAGCGUGCGCGUGCCGUGGUGGAUGGGAUGCAGAAGGAGAAGAUCGAGCUGUUGAACCAACUGGAAGAGGAGAAGAGGAAAGUGGAGGACUUGCAGUUCCGUGUCGAGGAGGAAUCCAUUACGAAGGGGGAUCUGGAGACUCAGACGCAGCUGGAGCAUGCCCGAAUACGGGAGCUCGAGCAGAGCCUGCUGUUCGAGAAGGCACAGGCUGAGAAGCUCCUCAAAGAAUUAGAGGACACCAGGUUAACCACGGUCGCAGAGCAGUCCAGGAUCCUGCAGCUGGAGGAGGAGCUGAGCCUCAGGCGCAGCGAGGUGGACGAGCUCCGGCAGUGCCUGAGGAGCUCUCACCAAGCAGAGAGCCCCGAGCAGAACCUUGGCCUGCAGUCUGAGGCUCUUCGUCUGCGGGAUCAGCUGCUCUCUGCCAACAAGGAGCACCAGAAGGAGAGCAGCCAGCUGAAGGAGAAGUAUGAAAAGACAUUGAAGAAAUACCAGCAGGAGAUGGAGAAGCUGAAGGCCACCAAUGAGAAGUACUCGCAGGAAAUAGUUGACCUCAAGCAUAAGGUCCAGCAAGCCACUAAUGAGAAUAUGGGGCUCAUGGACAACUGGAAGUCCAAGCUGGACACGCUUGCGUCUGAUCACCAGAAGUCUCUGGAGGACCUCAAGGCCACUCUGAACACAGGGCCUGACACCCAACAUAAGGAGAUUGUGGAACUGAAAGCGGUGGUGGAGAGUAUAAAGAUGGAGCACCAGCUUGAGAUGGAGAACCUGAAAGCAAAGCAUGACAUUGAGAUGGCUGUUCACAUAAAGGAGAAAGAGAGCCUGAAACUGAAGCUGCAGGAGGCUGUGGAUGAAGUGGAGAAAAGCAACAGCGACUGGAAAAUGCAACUGGAAACCAAAAGCAAUCAGCACCAUCUGGAACUCCAGGAUAUGAAGGACAAGUGUCGAGAUGCUGAGCUGAGGGUGCAUGAACUGGAGAAACUUCAUGGUGAAUAUAAAGAUCAAACACAAGCAAUAGCUUUCUUGAAAGAUCAGAUUUCUUUGGCUGAGAAGAAGAUGUUGGACUAUGAAACGCUACAGAAAACAGAAGCGCAGAGCAAACAGGAGAUCCACAGACUGCAGGAAAAAGUGCUUGUGUUAGAGAACAAACUACAGUCCAUGGAGUCCCUGCAUCCUUCUCAGCAUGCAAAUAUGAUUGACACUAAUGAUAUUUCAGAAGAAAAGAUAAAGAUGAAGCAGACUAUGGAAGAUCUCCAAGACAAGCUGAGCAAGAGAGACAAGGAGGUGUCAUCACUGGUCUCCCAGACCGAAACUCUAAGGGCCCAAGUAAGUGCUUUGGAAAACAAAUGCAAAAGUGCGGAGAAGAAGGCGGAUUCGGCAUUGAAGGAAAAGAAGAGGUUGGAGAACGACCUGGAAGCCUUGUCCAAGAAAACGCAUGACGCUUCGGGGCAGCUGGUGCUCAUCAGCCAGGAGCUGCUCAAGAAGGAGAGGAGCCUGAACGAGCUGCGGGCGCUGCUGCUGGAGGCCAACCGGCACUCGCCGGGGCCGGAGCGCGACCUGAGCCGGGAGGUGCACAAGGCCGAGUGGCGCCUCAAGGAGCAGAAGCUCAAAGAUGACAUCAAAGGGCUGCGGGAGAAGCUGGUGGUGCUGGACAAGGAAAAAUCAGUAACGGAUCAGAGGCGAUACUCCCUGAUCGACCCGUCGUCGGAGUCGGAGGUGAUCCGGCUGCAGCACCGGCUCGUCAGCACGGAGGAUGUCCUGCGCAACGCGCUGGAGCAGGGCCACCAGAUGGAGAAGCUCAUGGAAGCAAUGCGGCUUUCCUCGGAGAAAACACAGACUGUUGGAAAUUCUGGGUCUGCUAAUGGGAUUCACCAGCAGGAUAAAUCCCACAAGCAAGAGGAGAAGCUCUGAUAGAGAUGAGGUGAAGAGGAUCAUUUCACACCAGUAUCAGCUCCUGUGCGCAGUCAGGAA